CGCACAGAGAGAAUUUCGCGUUUGACGUGCCCUAAUCAUAUAAAAAAGCCGAGCAACAUAUUAUUUUCAAAGAUAACACUGUUAUAUGGCACAAUAAAGAAUUGUAUUCGUGAGCUGAGCUGCAGAGCAAAUACUCUCAGUAGACAUCGCACUGUUACGCCAAUCGGAUCCAUAAUGACCCAGAUCCCCGAGACUUGCUAUAAAAUGUGGGGUGGACGCUUCACCGACAAGCCCCAUGAAGCGCUUCAGUCUCUAAACAAUAGCCUUCCCUACGAUUAUCGUCUGUACGCAGAUGAUCUGGAUGCCAGCAAGGCAUAUGCAGAGGCGCUCCAUAGAGCUGGUCACCUGAAUGAAGCCGAAACGGAUAAGUUGGUGAAAAAUCUGGAGCUGUUGCGAUUCGAUUGGAUCGAAGCAUCCGUAAAGUUCCAGCCUGGUGAUGAGGAUGUGCACACGGUCAACGAACGAUUGCUGGUGGAGAUCACCGGUGAGCUGGGCCAACGGCUGCAUACGGGAAGGAGCAGGAAUGACCAGGUGGUCACCGACAUGAAGCUAUGGCUUCGCAAGGCCAUUCGUGAGACCUUGGGCCGUCUGAGUGCCGUCAUCGAAACUGCCGCCCGUCAGGCGGAACUUAAUCUGGGCGUCCUUAUGCCAGGAUACACUCAUCUGCAGAGGGCGCAGCCAGUCCAGUUCUCCCAUUGGCUGCUCUCACAUGCCUUUGCCUUGAAGGAAGAUGGCCAGCGGUUGGUGGAACUGAGGGAUCGUUCUAAUGUCCUGCCCCUGGGAAGUGGCGCACUUGCUGGCAAUCCCCUCGGCAUCGAUCGUUUGUGGCUAGCCGAAAGGCUGGGAUUCUCCGGCAUUACAGCCAACAGCAUGCACGCCGUGGGAGAUCGGGAUUUCGUGGUUGACUUUAUCUACUGCUGCUCCAUGGUGAGCUUGCAUUUGUCCCGUUUGGCCGAGGAUCUGAUCAUCUACAGCACCAAGGAGUUCGACUUCAUCCGACUGGCCGAUGGCUUUUCCAGUGGCAGCAGCCUAAUGCCUCAGAAGCGGAACCCGGACAGCUUGGAGCUGAUACGCGGCAUGGCCGGAGUGAUCACCGCAAAUCUGACGGGCAUUAUGAUGACUAUCAAGGGGACUCCAUCUACAUACAACAAGGACUUGCAGUACGACAAAGAGUUUUGCUUUAAGUCGUUUGACAAACUUUCUCAGGUUCUGGAUGUUGCCGAUGGUGUUCUGCAGACAAUGCAGGUGAAGCAGGAAUCCAUGGAGGCUGCUCUCAGCACAGAUAUGUUGGCCACUGAUUGGGCUUAUUAUUUGGUAAGGAAGGGCAUUCCUUUCCGCCAGGCUCACCACAUUAUCGGUCGCCUGGUUUCCGAGGCCGAACGUCGAGGUGUGGACAUCACCGACCUACCAUUAGGUGAUCUUCAGACCUUUAGCCCUGUUUUUGGAUCGGAUAUCGUUGGAGUGGCUGAUUACUCUAACAACGUGCAGCAGUAUAAUGCGAUCGGUGGAACCGCCAGUAGCAGCGUCGUUGAGCAGCUGAGAUUACUCAAGAAAGUUGCCAAGGAUUUGCGCAAGCAAUCUUAGGACUUCCUUUUUCUGUUGACUCAUUUUUGUAACAAAUUAAAAAGAUUGAUACUUCA